CUGUCCUUUCCUAACUUCAACAUUUUCACUUCAAUACUUUCUCAACUCUCUCUUUCUCUCAAGCCUUUAUAUAAACCCUACCUAAUACGUACGUACUCUCCUCACACCCACUGAGUCAUCAAAACCUACGUGUCAAUGACCGAGUCAUCCAUUUCCUCCGUCAAACAACCUUCUCCGGUGGAAGAGGAGACUCAUCCCCACCGAGAAGAUGAAGAGAGCCAUCGAACAAAUAACAAGAAACGGUCUAGACCCGAUCCGGGUUAUAGAGGAGUACGGAUGCGAACGUGGGGCAAAUGGGUCUCCGAGAUCCGUGAGCCGCGCAAGAAGAGCCGAAUCUGGCUCGGCACCUUCUCCACGGCGGAGAUGGCGGCGCGUGCACACGAUGCAGCUGCUUUAACCAUCAAAGGAGCCUCCGCUGUCCUAAACUUCCCGGAGCUCGCCACUUUCCUUCCCCGUCCAGCUUCCUCCUCUCCACGCGACGUUCAAGCUGCAGCCGCCGUAGCCGCCGCCAUGGACUUCUCCUCCUCCUCCUCUGCCGUCGUGAUCUCUGAUCCCACCACCGUUGUCCCCGAGUUGCAGUUAUCUUCUUCAAGUAGCUACUCGUCGUUUACAUCGUCUUUAACGUUGUCACCGUCGAGCGAAGAAGCAGCAUCAUCAACGGCGGAAGAACUGAGCGAGAUAGUCGAGUUACCGAGUCUAGACAAUGAGCCGUGGAGCGAGUUCGUGUACGUUGACCCGGCGUAUCCACCUAGUUCGCCUUGGUAUUUUAAUAACUGUUAUAGCUUUUAUUACCACAGCGACGAAACUGGCACUUCGAUGGGUGAACCUUUUGACUCUUCCAGCUUUUGUCUUUUUCCUUAGUUUAAUUUCACUUGUUUGUUUUCCAUUGUAGACCAUUUUCUUUGAGGUUUAUUUAAUUAUUGGUUUCACAACAGUGUUUAAUAUACUCGAUUAAACCUGAUUUGAUCAAAUAGUAUGUUUCAUAGUGCU